UAAUUUCGUUAUUUUUAUUUUAGGAAACAAUUAAGAACAUUAAUAAUAAAUUUAUGAUUAGUUUAAUAAAAAACUUAUUAUAUAUUUUGAUGGACCGACAUAUUUUUCUAAGGAUUCUAAGAAUGAUUGUGGUGAUGACAUGUGGGUACGAAAAAUGUUAUAAUAUUUCUCGUUUAAUAUAUAGGGGAUUGUUUACGUUAGAUUUUCACCCUUAACGUGAUUACACUCAAAUUAAGUUUAUUUGGCCAUUUGUAGAUAUUAAAUUAUAUCUUUACUAAUUUACCCUAUUUCCGAUUCACAUAAUAAAAUAAAUCUCAAUUUCGUUGGCCCAUUUAUAAAACAAUUAUUGUAAACAUUUAGAUUAGAAUUAACAAAAGAAAACCCAAGUUAAUAUUAUUUUUUUGUUUUAGAAUUUUAAUCCACAUAUUAUACCAUAUAAGGAAAAAAAUAAAAAUCAAAUAUAUUAACCAUAUAAUUUAAAGUAUUUUGAAAUAUAAUUUUAAAAUAUUCAAAAGUAUAAGACACCCAUUACAAACUCUAUAUCAUUCUAAAACCCAAUGUUUUAUGUUAAAUUUUAGAUUUUAAUUCAAUUUAUAUUCCAUGAAAAACAAAUAAAUAGCUAAUUUUCUACCAAAUUAGGACUUUGGCUAAAAAAUAAUAAAUAAGUAAAUAACAAUUAUUAUAAAUUAGCCUUUAAAUCUAUAAUAAAAUAAAAUAGAACAUUUAUAAUAGACUAUCAAUAACAAAAAUAAAAUAUUAUUUAAGUAUAACUAUAAAUUUUAGUUUUUAUAUCAGAUUUGCUUUAAAUUUUAUAGUAAAAGUUUUAUCAAAAAUAUAAGAAUCAAAAAUCAAAUACUCCCUCUGUUUUUAAUUAUAAAUAGUUUUACUUAAAAGCACAAAUAUUUAGAAAGUUAUUAUCUAAAAAAAUAUAUCAUUUAAUCAAUUAAAGCAACCAAUUAUAAAAAGGUUAACAUUAUUUUAUUGGUCACACAAUAUCCAAUAAAUGAAAAAGGUGCAUUGAAAUAUGUAAACUACUUAUAUUGUGAAACAAACUUUUUUGCUAAAACUACCUACAUUUGAAAACAGAGGGAGUAGUUUAUUAAAAUUAUAUGAUAGUAAAAUUAUAUCAUUUUUUUUAAAAAAAAAUAUCAUCAGAUUAUAUAGGUUUUUAUCGGGUCAAGCAGUAUCGGAUCGCGGGUAAGUUAUUGGUUUUGAGUUCUUACCAAAUUUUAUCAGAUUUUUACUUUGCAGGUUUUAAGUAAACCGAACCAAAUUAUAUACAUAUCACAAGAUUUACCAGUUUGACCACAUGUGUGGAUCGGGUACAAAAACACUGCUAAAACUAUUAACAUAUAUAAAUAUAUAUUAUUAAAUUAGUUUAAAAUACGUCAAGUAAAUCUUAUGUCUAAUCAAUUCAAAAAAUGUAACUUUUAUAAAAUAUACACAAAAUAUAAAGAUGACAUUGUAACAUAAGAGUGUACAAAAGAAUUUGGAAUAAACUAACUGAUAAAUUAUAUAAUUUUAAACAAAAAAUCAUUUCUUUCUUUGAUAUAAUACAACUUUAUAACUUAAUAAUGUACAUCAAAAUAUUAAUUUAUAUCUAACAUUGUUAUUACCCUAAAUACUCAUUCUUUGGAAACUUGGGUCAAAAUCUAAUUAUAAAUAUAGAAGCAUGCAUGUUCUCAGUUCUCUAGACUCUGGUAUUAGUCUCAAUUUUGACUUCCUCUAUUUAUGGUCGUCGGAGUGGCGGAUCCAGAAACAACAUUCAUCCGUGGAAAAACAAAAAACACUAUUACUACAUUUACAAAAUUAAAUUUUAAACAGGAGCAUUUUAAAAUUUAGUACAAAAUUACAUUAAUUAAAAAAAAUCAUGGUGGUCAAUUGUCCCACCCACUCAUAACGUAGCUCCGCCCCUGUGACUCACUUCAUUGUGUUUUAUUUUAAGAUUUUUUAGUUGACUUUUCCAAUGACAUUAGUUCUUGUUAAGACCUUGUUGCUUAGACAAAUAAAGAAACACACACACAAACUGCACAAGUAAAAUGUCUUCUUCCUCUCCGGACUCUCAUUUUCAAGAUGCUUCUUACUUCUUAGUCUACUUUAAAUUUAGUGUUUGUCUUGAACAAGAGACCUAAACAAGUUGGAGUACCCGGCUUCUCCUAUCCCCCAUUGAUCAGAAUGGACGUCAAAAUGGAAGACAAUCUCGGUGCAAGUCACCUUGUUACAACAUAUUUAUGUACAGAUGAAGCCAUUCAGUUGGUCCAUGAUGUUAUGAUGGUACCUUCGCCAUAUUCCCAUCACCAGCCUCAAGACUUGCUGCCCACAGAAUAUCCUAUAAGAAGCUUAUUUAGAUUCUUAAAUGCUGCCACACAAAUGCAUUGAGGCUUUGAAAACCACAUCUUGUCUUAUAAAUAUAUAUUUGAUUUAUCCAAAAAAAAUAAUUGAUCUGUUUUGUCGAUGAUUUUUACUCGGGGCUACUCAUACCAGGCCGUUUCUUUCAGGUCUUACCUCUGUAGGAAGUAAUAACUUAGCAGUCGGGAUGAAAAAAUCAAAUUCUAAGAAAGAAACAGAAAUGAAGAACACAAGAAAGUUGGAAGGAAGAAGUGAUGAAAAUUAAAGUUUCAAAUGUUUGGACUCAGUCAGAGCGGAAUGGGUAACAUACACUGAUUUAAAUAUUCAGUUAUUUUCAAGUAGCUUAUAUGUCUUACACGAACUAGUGACAUGAUGCAUCGAUCAGACUUUGUAUUGUAUUGAGGACAAGUAGUUUUGGUUGCCUCUCGAACUCCACCAUAACCUCAUCACCGUACUCGUAUAGCUUUAUGGUUUUUGUUUUGGGUAGUCUACAACUUGAUAACUCACAUAUGAGGCAAAGUUGCUAACACAUGUACUAAUGAAAUGAUAUCUCACAUAUGCAGUUUCUCGGAGAAACUUAUCUGUCUCACACAUACUAAUGAAAUGAUGCAUCGACAAGACUAUGUUUUGUAUUGUGGACAUAUGUUGAAGUCGUUUCGUUGGCCUCUCGAACUCCACCAUAACCUCAUCACCGUACUCAUAAGAUUCAGGGUUAUUGUUUUGGGUAGUCGUCGACAACUUGAUAUCUCAAAUAUGAGGCAAAGUUGUUAACAUGGUUCGAUAAAAACGUUUUCAACAACCUUAGUAGAGAAACUUAGCCGAUCAACCAUUUAUCCGAUCUUAUAUCGGUUGUUUUACAAAGGCGGAAACCUUACUCUUAGGGCCUUAGAGGCAUUCACGUAGUCCUCCCUCCUCGGUGUGAUAAUAUAGCACCUAACUUAGAGAUCCCUAAGAUAUAUAUAUAUAUAUAUAUAUAUAUAUAUAUAUAUAUAUAUAUAUAUAUAUUAUCUUUUCUUGAACCGAAUGACCAAAUUGGGUAGAGUUGCCUACUACUGUAUGGCUAAUUCCAAAACCCCUAGUAAUCUGAUGAAAUUUCUUUUAGAAAAAUCAUUGUUAUUUUUAGUAAUUAAACCCCUCAACUAAAAAUGAAUCGUAAAAAAAACUCUUAACUAAACAUCAUGUAAAAUAAACCCUCAACUUUAAUUUCGUUAACGUAUGUUACUCUCCGUCUAAAAAACCGUGACGGAGGGUGACAUACGUUAACGGUUUAUAAUAUGAGGAUUUUUAAUGUUGAAAACUUAGUUAAUGAUUUUUUCAUACAAUUCAAAAAAAUAGUUAAGAGACUUUAUCACUAAAAGUCAUUAAAUGUUUUAAAUUUUUUUUUUUAUCAUUUAUACAUUUUUUUAGAUUGAUAUAAGCAAACUAAUUUAUAAAUUUUAAUACAUUAUCUUAUAACCGAUUUAUAAAACUUCAUAAAUAUUUUAAUACUUUUACAUAUGAUUAAUAUGGUUUCACAAUGAUCUAUAAGUGUAUACAAUUUCAGAAAUAAAUGAGAAUAAAAAUAAUCAUGCAUUAUUUUUGGGGGUAUGAGAAGUAUGAGUCCGAUGGCAAAAAUCAUGAAAAUAGAAAAAAAUGCGUCAUACUCUAAAUAAGAAGAUUGACUUCAUGGAUGAAUUAUCCUCAACACUACUUAAGACUUAAUAUAACUUAGAAACUUUAAAUUAUUUGAUAUUUGACAAUGACGAUAUAAAACACACAAAUUUUCUUAUAUCACUAUUGCCAAAUAUCAAAUAAUAUAAUAUUUUGAAGUUGUAUUAAAUUGUAAGUAGUGUUGAAAAUUAGUAAAUUAGGAUGCAUAAAUUAAUGUAUUAAAAUUAUUAAAUUAGGAUGUAUAAAUUAAUGAAUUAAAAUUUAUAAAUUAGUUUUAAAGGCUUAUAAAUCAAUCUAAAACAAUGUAUAGAUGAUAAUAAAUAUUUUAAAACAUUCAAUUACUUUUAGUGAUAAAACUCCUCAACUAUUUUUAAAUCGUAAAAAAACUCAACAACUAAUUUUUCAACAUUAUAAAUCCUCAACUUAUAAGGAUCUCCGUCACGGUUUUUUAGACAGAGGGUAACAUAUGUUAACAUAAUUAAAGUUUAGGGUUUAUUUCAUAGAAUUUUUAGUUGAUGAUUUUCUUACGAUUCAUCUUUAGUUGAGGGGUUUAAUUACCCUUAUAAUAAUUUCCAAAGUGAAUGUAAAGUGUCUAUCACUAGUUUUACAGUUACCGCAGUACAAAGAUUACAAUUUCCUUUUUGUGCUAUUAUUGGGUAUUGGAACUAGAAUUUGGAAAUAGUUUAGUGAUUUCAAAAGUUUACAGAUUUUUUUAAAAUUUUGUAGAUUUAACAAAUAUUCUCCAAAUUUCUGUCAAAUAUUUUGUGUAAGACUAAUUCCUGAUUUCAUGUGUGUAAUUUUCUGUCAAUCUAAUGUAGUUUCUCUACUACACAAAAUUCAAUACUAUUUUUAUGUAAUAAUUUUCCAAUAAAUACAAAGUCUCGACCACAAACUUUAUAGUUGCCAGAAUCACAAAGAUCACAACUUCCUAUUUUUUGGUUUAUGGCAUCUCACACAAACUAAAAUUGAUCACCAAAUCGCAAAACAAAGCUCAACUUGCCAGUUUCAUGUAAAUUCAAACUUUCAUUCCAUACAUAAUCAAAAGGAAACAAAGUAAUAAAUCUUGAUCAAAAUAUUUAACAAAAUAAAAAUCAUUAAUCGCAGAGCCUUUAUUAAAUAAUACAUUAACCUUCACUACUCUCAUUUGUCUUUCGCCCUACUACACAGUCUCUUACGUUUUGACAUCAUCUAAUGGGAAAUCGUCGACUUUUCAUCGCUCUUUUCUGUUGUUUUUGCUUACCACAUAUCAUCGAAGCGUACCACCAACAAGUGUUCGUAGAUCAAUCGGGUCAUUCAAAUUUCACUAAAAUACAAAAGGCAAUUGAUUCGGUCCCAGUCAACAACCGCCAUUGGUUCUUCAUCAACGUUGCAGCCGGCGUUUACAGGGAGAAAAUAAAGAUACCCUAUGAUAAACCGUUCAUAGUAAUAGUUGGAGCUGGAAAGAGGAACACUAGAGUUGAAUGGGACGAUCAUGACUCGGUUGCACAAAGCCCUACCUUUGCUAGUGUCGCCGAUAACACCGUCGUUAAAAGCCUUACUUUUGUGAAUACGUACAAUUUCCCGAAUAAAGGGAAAGUGAACAGAAACCCUAGGAUACCUGCCGUGGCGGCGUUGAUCAACGGUGAUAAAUGUGCUUUUUACUCGGUAGGCUUUUCUGGAGUUCAAGACACCUUGUGGGAUGCUGAUGGCCGACACUUCUUCCACCGCUGCACUAUCCAAGGCGCCGUUGAUUUCAUAUUUGGUAACGGCCAAUCUAUUUACAAGAAAUGCGUGAUAAACGUGCUAGGAGCGACACUAAAACCGGGGGUAACUGGUUACAUAACGGCUCAAGGACGGACCAACUCGUAUGACGCUAGCGGAUUUGUGUUCAUGGACAGCCUCGUUUACGGAUCGGGGAAGGCUUUCUUGGGCAGACCGUGGCGCAGUUACGCUCGAGUGAUCUUUUACAACACAGACCUGACCGACGUGGUUGUUCCCCAAGGUUGGGACUCAUGGCACUUUGGAGGCCAUGUAUCUCAGUUGACGUUUGCAGAGAUUGGAUGCUAUGGGAGUGGAUCAAAUACGGGGAGACGUGUGAGCUGGGUUAAGAAGCUGAGUGGAUUCAGUGUUCAAAGUUUGAUUAAUCUCGACUUCAUUAACAGUGGUGGAUGGGUUCAAGCUUUGCCCAUUCCUGUUUGAUUUAACAUUUUUUAUGUUUACGUUGUUUUUUUUUUAGAUUUGUUAUUUAUCAUUUUCCAGGUUUUAGUUUGCUUAAAUGGAUUUAGAGUUUAUCUAGUUAUGCAUAAAAAGGAAGUAAGGAUAAGCAAGACUUACGAUCGGUUUUAAGGGUUGAUUUUACAUAUUAUUACAUACUAAAUAUCAAAAGAACGACGAUGGUUCGUUGUAUGUAAGUAUGUAACAUUAAACCUGGACUUAUACAUUGAAGGUAGGAUAUAUUCCCAUGGAAACACACAAGCAAUAGUAAUGAAGUUGAGAUUGUUGGCACUCCAACCUCCGAACGUUCCUUUGACAUUUUUUUCUGGUCCUUAAUAUCCUAAAAUUUAUGUUCAAACACAAAAUUAACCCUAUCUUUUUUAAAAAAAUUGUUAUAAUUCAUCCGAAAAGUUUAACUAAUUCACGUAAAAUGCUAUUACUUAUCUUUUUCGCAAUACGAUGAUUUUACUUAAACAUCCUCUUCUUUAUCACUUAUUUACAAUUGUCUUCAAUAUCACCAACUACCAUUAACAACCAAAAACAAGUUUUAAAUGUGUUAGAAAUCAAUUUAUACAUCUUCUAAUCUCAUUUCUUACAUACAUAAAUCAUUUAUCUUGAAUAUUGUCUCUUAUUUCAUUUUUAAAACUUAAAAUUUUGGAUUUCAAGAUUAUAUUUUCAUUAAAGUUGCCCAAAUUUAGUGAGUUUUGGUCAAUAACGAGUGUAUCUCUUUCAUUAGGAAAUUUUGGGUGUUUGGAGAAAGUAAGCACGAACCCUCACUGGAUCUAGGUAUAAUUUCUACUGAAAACAUAUCUGAAAAUAUUUGUGAGUUUUUAAGAAGUCUGCUAAUUGAUUAACUAUAAAAUUAAAUGUUCCAUUAUUUUUUGCUCAAUUGCAAAACUGAAAAACAGAUCUAGAGAAGUUUUUUUGAGAAAUCUUAUGGUCAAUGCAUAAGUUAGUUUUGUAAUUGAUUAUUUUAAAAAAAAAAUCAUAGAAGACUUUUCUAGAAGUCUACAAACUUUUCUUUGUCACAAAAAACAAAUUGAAUAGAUUUCUCGAGAAGUCUCCAAAAAACGAGAUUAAUUUUGUAAAUGACCAAAUUUUUUAAAAAGUUUGAUUUUUCAUGGACAACUUUUAGAAAAGUCUGAUGUGAGUAGAAUUCUUGAGAAGUCUUCUAAAUGUCACAUAAAGUCUCUAAAAUAUUGCAAAAAAAUUAUAAGAUCAGUUUACAAUUGAUAAAAAUAAUAAAAUAUUUAAUUUUAAAAUUAAUUAUUUAGCAUAUUUCUGGAGUAGUCUUCUACUAAGAGACGUUUCCAUAAGUGUACUCUAUUUUUAUUCCGAGAUUUUAAUCAAAGAAGUCUUUUCAUAGAAGACCUCUAAAAAAGAUUUCUCUUAUAAAGUCAAACAAGAUCAAUUGCAAAACUAACAUAUGUUUGCGACACUUUGAAGACUUUUUGCGACCCUUUGAAGAUUUCAUGUGACUAUAAGAAUACUUCUCCAUAAGUCUACUCACAACAGACUUCUCUAAAAAUAUUCUAUAAAAAGUUAAUUUCUGAAAAAAUUACCCUUUGAAGACUUCAUGUGACUAUAAAAAUACUUCUCCAGAAGUCUACUCACAAUAGACUUCUCUAAAAGUCUUCUAUACAAAGUUAAUUUCUGAAAAAAAUUUGGUCAAUUGCAAAAUAAACUUGAUUCUAAGAGUAAUUUUUUUCUCUGGUAAAAUCAAAAAUUUAUCCAAUUACAAAAGUAACUCAAUAAUUUACAAAUGAUGAAUUCUCAAGAAAUCUACUAAUUGAGUAGACUUCUCAAGAAACAUUCCUUGCUAAUUUCAAUAAGCUUACUUUUUAUCCAAAUUUAAAAUGAAUUUUGAAAAACUUUUUGUUCGGUCAUGUAUAUUUAUCAAUUUUUGAACUCUUGAAUGAAUUUUAUAAAUUUUACUGUACAUAAUGAUGAUGUUAACAAUAUUCUUGUUGAUUUAUAUGUCUAGCUAAUGAGAACAGAUUUUUCUCUGAUAGCUUUUUUUGAAGAUGAUGUUUUAUGUUUUGCCGAUGUACUUUAAUGUCAUUUUACACAUUGGCUCAGUGCCAAAAGAUUACUAUAUAAGUUUGAUGCAUAAAUAUAUUUGUUAAAAUUUGGAUGUCAGAUGCUUAAACUUAUGUAUUUUCUGAAUUUAUGUGAUAUUAAAGUUGUGAUAUGUUUGAACUUUGUUAGGUUGAACUUGUGUCAAAUAUUGUUUUAUUAUACCAUGGUGUGUAAUAAAUAUCACUUGUUAUCAUCAUUAUCAUCCAAAUUAUAAAAAAUUAAUUGAGAGACAUCAUAUAACUCUCCCUUCUUCUUUUUUUUACACCAACGCAUAAGUCUCCCUUUUAAGUUGCACAACCUUUGUCUUAAUAAAUGAUCUACAAUGAAGACAAUACUUAUAGUUACAAGAAGUUGAAACAAUGAACAAAACAUUUAGACAAAAACUUGUAUCACCUUACUUAUGUAACUAAGUUUUGAUAAGGGAUCACGUGGAGCUACAUUUUUGGUACAACAGUCGACCUGAAAUGGUCGAUCUUCCUCUCGUUGAACCCCAAAUCUAUUCACAUACUUUAUCCCUAAAUGUAUAUAUCAUGAAUAGCAAUAGUUCUUGGUGUCCUUUUUUAGCCAAGAAUGUUCUUCCGGAUUAGUGAAGUCCACUAUAUCUUGAAUAGAUUACUACAUCUUCACCCUAUUAUAUCUUUUGAUGUAUCUUAUAACACUCAAAAGUUCAGCUGUGACUAGAGCCCAACAUAUAUACCUCUGUGAAAAAGCAAUACAAAGGUUUAACCAAUUUUACUAUUUAGAAUAAAAAAAUACUUCAUCUGUUCCUAAAAGAUUCAUAUUCUAGUUUUUUCACACAUUUUAAUAAAACACAUUAAAUUUUCAUAAUUUUUUGUGUUUAUCUUCUUUCCAAAAUUUUAAACCAAUAAAAAAUCAAUUAAUGCAAUUAAGAUUUUUGAAGUUUGCAAUUAGUUAAUAAAAUAUGCAUUGAAAAUGUUAAAAAUGAAUAUUUUAGAAACAAUUUUUUUUCUCUAGAAUAUGUAUCUUUAAGGAACGGAGGGUAUAAAACUAGUUGUAUAAGUUUAUAGACUUAAUUACCAUGACUUCCUUGGUUUUCACACAUCUCAUAGUUUUUACCUAUUGAUCUUUCUUCAGUGAUGUUGGACAGUCUAAUUUUGGGAUUAAAAUACAAUUAACAUUUAAAAUAAUAAAUCAAUAUAGAUAUGCAUUUAAAGUACAUAAGUUAGACACAUACCUUCUUUUUUUUCUCCACCAGACGUAGACUCUUGGCUCUUGUAUUUUCUUAUGCUAACAUUUGAUGAUAGUAAUAUCUGAUUCCGGUUUAGUUGCUAAUAUCUUCUCGAACUGAUGAACGUUGACAUAUUUACGAAUGUUAUGAAAAUUUUCCCAUUCGUCAUUCUUGAGUACACUCCUUAUUUCGUUGAAGAUAUUCGCAGCUAAAUCGGAAUCGGAUAUUCCUAUCAUCAAAUGUUUGCAUCCAAAAACACAAGAGCCAAGUUUACGCGUGGUGGAAAGAAAAAAACAAGGUAUGUGUGUAACUUAUGUGCUUUAAAUGCAUAUUUAUAUUGAUUUAUUAAUUUUUUUCAAACGUAAACUAUAUUUUAAUCCCAAAUUUAGACUGUACCAACAUCACUGAAGAAAGACAAUGGGUAAAAAUUAUGGAACGUGUGAGAAACCAAGGAAAUCGUGGUAAUUAAGUCUAUAAAUUUAUAAAAACUAGUUUUAUAUUUGUGAUCCUAAAUAGUAGAAUUUUGUUUUGGUUAAAACUAAAUAGUAGAAUUGGUGAACCCUACGACUUGUUUUUUUUUUCCACAGAGGUAUGUUGGGCAUUAGCCAUAGCUGAACUUGUGAGUGUUGUAAAAUACAUCAAAAGACAUGAUAGGGUGACGAUAGAGUAUUCUAUACAAGAUAUAGUAGAUUUCAUUAAUCCAGAAAACUUUAUCGGCUAAAGAACAAAAACCAAACAGAAUCAAAAUCGGACCAAACCCUGGAUUGAAAUUAAAAAUCCUAGUUAGGAUAAAAGGGUAUUUCAAAAUAUAUUUAAAUUAAAUUAACUAUUUUAUUAAAAUUAAAAUUCAAAAUAAUGUCAUAAAACAUUGUUUUUGUUUUUUCUCUCAUUUCCGGUACUAAGUCCCGAUAUGUUCUAAUACCAAUUUUCAAAGAAGUUUAAUUAUUAUGGUAAAUUACUGUAAGAAAUCAUGUGAUUUUUAAUAGAAUAAUUAUUAAAGCCUAGCUUGAAAGCUUAUCAAAAAAUUAUUUCUCAAAAAUACAAACCUUAUAGAAAAUAAUGGAAAAUGAUAUAAUGGAACUUUUCUAGCAUGCGUUAAAGGUUAUAAAUUUCUAAUAAUCCAUCCAUUUUUAAUGGGUAACUUUUUAAGAUUGUACAUACAAUUUUUUUUAAAAACAAUCUUGCAUUUUAAACAAAAAUAUCAAAAAUAAUUCAUCUAAUCGUAAUUCUAUCAGUGAUAAAACACAUUACAGAAUACAAAAGAUAAUAUCAUAUAAAAGGCUAGUAAAUUUUGCAUUAAAAUUGAAAACACCAUUGAUUUUGGAACAAAUUGUUUUCCUUCUAAAACGUUAAAUAUUAAAAUAAACGAAGGAAGUAUCUAUAAUUUUGAAUUUGGAUUAUAGACUUCACAAAAACACAUUAAUAUAUCAUGUGAAAGUAGUUAGGAAAAUGUUAUGUUAAGCUAAAGAAGAAUAACUGACAUAUAUGCAUGUGAUUUCAGCUUGAAAACCAUACGUACUAAUUACUAAAAACGAAGAUAAGCAAAAGGAUUCAUGAUAUAGAGACGCUUGAUCGAUUACAUGUUUAAAACUCAGUUUUAAGUUAACAAUAUACAAUAGAGAGAAAGAUCGAGACUUACCUGAUCUUGGACAACGAAACAAUGAAAUUUUUUUGUAAAUGACCAAAUUUAAUUAGUUGUUUCUUUAAAGCUUAUGAAAAUUUAAAAAUAACCUAAAAUGUUUAGUAAAUAAUGAAAACAAUAGGGUGAUUGGUAACUAAGUAUUAAGGAAAAAGUUUUUGGUUUGAUUGUUUCAUCUGCAAAAAAGCAGAUUCUGUUUCACAUUUAAAUUUCGUUUUUUUUUCUCUCUCUCUUUUGUUGUCAUAAAUUUUCUGUUUUCCUUCUAAUUUGUUUGCACGUCAAAGAAUAUCCAAAUAAAAUUUAUUUAUCUCUUGUUUUUUUACGUUUUAGAUUCUGAUAUCUUGACUUGGUUCAAAUUUUCCAGCUUUAAUAUGUAUUAGUUGAUUAUUUUAAAUGCAAAAAUUUGUUGAAAUUAAUGAUAAAGUAUACACAUACAACAAAAUAAGCAAUGCAGUAAAUACAAAGAGAUUAUUAGGAUUAUUAGCCUUUUAAAUAGGGGUGGGCAAAAAAUCCGAACCGAACCGAUCGAACCGAACCGACUGAACCGAAACCGAUUUGAACCAAACCAAAGUCCAUUUCAAAUCAUUCGGUUGAAGAGUUUUCCAACCCGAAUGGUUCAGUUCAAUUCGGUUUAAACUGAACCGAACCGAUAAACCGAAGUGUUUUUAUAAUUAUUUAAAUUAAAAAUAUUAGUGAUAUCAAGAUAUUAAAAUCCUAAGACUUAGCCCAAGUAAUUUUCUUUUGCACGAAGGAAAUCCUAAUAUAAUUUGAUUUCCAUGACACUUCGUCUAACUUUUGUAAUAUUUGUCAUUAAGCCCACAUAAUUUCCAUAUUAAUUGUUAUAAAGUUAUAAACUAUAUUUGUAACUUUUAAAAACAUUUUUAUUUGGUUUAAUAUUGAAUUUAAUUUACAUACUUAAUUUUUUAUUAUGACCAACGCGAUUAUUUCAUGACAAUCAUACAUUUAUGUAUUAAAACAUGAUUUCUUGUACAAUAAAUAAACUAAGAGAAAUCUGAUUAAACCGAAUCGAACCGAAAUACAAACUGAAUCGAAUACAAACCGAACCGAAUAUAAACCGAACCGAACAUAACUGAACCGAAAUCAAUCCAAACCAAACUAACUAUGGUUUACUUCAGCUGGAAAAAUUCUAGAACCGAACUAACCAAACCGAACCGAACUCGAACCGAACCGAUAAAAUAACCGAAGUGCCCACCCCU